UCUCUCUCUCGCCCCCUCCGUCUCGCUUCGGCCGCCUCAGUACGUGAGGGGAAGCGGUUCGGCGGCGAGGCGAGGGACGGGACGGGCUGGCCGGUGUUGGAUGGAGGGUCCCGUCCGCCUCGCCUGUUCUCUCUGGAAUGUACCGGGGAGCGGCUGCCGAGCGGGAGUCAGGGCUCUAUGGGCGCUGCUGAGAGGCUCCUCAGUGACUCCUAUUAGACUGAAGCUAUUUGCCAUCAAUCUUUCUAACCUGGCACUAUGCAUCCUGACCCUGGGCCUUUACAAGAACUACUUUUCCUUACUGUAACAGUUUUCUUCUCAACCACAGCUUCAGAUCUGAUUCCUUAUUUUGUUUCUGAGCCCCAUUCUACCAUCCAGAAACCUGGGGAGACUGUACAGCUUCGCUGCUCUGCUGAGCCCUCUACAGCUCAUGUGUCUUGGCUGUUCAAUGGAGAGAAAUUGCACAAGAAAGUGAACCAAGUAGAUCUACAACCAGGAUCCCUGACAAUCUUCUCUCUUAGCCCUUCAGAUUCUGGUGUCUAUCAAUGCAUUGCCAAUAACAGCAUUGGUGCAAUUAUUAGCAGGCCUGCCACAGUAUCUGUUGCCUAUCUUGAUGACUUUGAGACUUCAGUGAAACAUGUAACUACAGUGAAACAAGGGAAUACUGCCUUCAUUGAGUGCAAAUUACCAAAAAGUAAUCCAAAAGCACAGGUUCGCUUCCGUGUGCGGGGAAAAUUGCUGGAACAAUCAACAGAAAACCACCUAAUUCUCCCAUCUGGAAAUCUACAAAUUUUGAGUGCCUCUUUAGAUGACAGGGGAGUUUAUAAGUGUGCAGCAUAUAACCCAGUCACUGAUGAUCUCAAAGUUGAACCAAUGGGACAUAAGCUCGUAGUCAGCACCUCUUCCUCAGAAGAUUUUCAUAUUGUUCACCCAACCAGUUCUCAGGCUUUGGCAGUACCUCAGCACAGCCCUCUGAUGUUGGAAUGUGUCGUUAGUGGGCUGCCUAUAUCUUCCGUUCACUGGUAUAAGGAUGGCCAAGAUGCACUAGCUGGAGGCAGGUGGAGAACAUUUCACUCACAUCUUACGAUAGAUUCAGUUCAUUCAUCAGAUGCUGGAAAUUAUUCCUGCGUAGUGGAUAACAAUUCUGGAGUUGUGAAACAUGUAAACUACAGUGUAAAUGUACUUGAAUCUGCCUCUGUUUUAAAAGGCUUGCAGGAUCAAACUGUACCUCUGGGGAAAACUGCGCAUUUUUCAUGCGAAGUACAUGGAAACCCUACACCUAACAUCACUUGGUUCCAUAAUGCUGCUCAUGUCCAUUUGUCUCCACGACACUUACUUUCAGGAAGCAAACUGAGAAUUAAUGGUGUCACCAGAGAAGAUACAGGGUUGUAUCAGUGUUUAAUCAACAAUGGUCUUGGGUUUGUACAGUCCACUGGGAGACUUCAUUUCCAAGCAGAAAGAGGUUCAAAGCCAAUUAUAACCUCACCACCAGCAAACACCAAAGUGCCAGAUGGUGACACUGUUACGUUGUCCUGCAAUGCAACUGGGCUGCCUGUUCCUGUAAUCCGUUGGUACAACAGUCAUGGGCUAAUUAGCAGCCACCCUUCACAAGUCCUUUAUUCAAAACCACGGAAGUCAUCCUCACAAGCAAGAACUGGCGCCUCUAUUACAGACAGAGUCUACUUCAUCAUGUCUCGGGCUGGAUCAAGCUCUUUAUAUGUCCAGCCUGUUACUCCGGAGCAUGCUGGGAAAUAUACCUGCGAAGCCACCAAUGAACAUGGCAUGGCUCUUUCAGAUGCUUUCCUUACUGUUGUUUCUUAUGAAGGUAGUACAAAACCAGAAGCAGCAGCUCCUGUGGAAGUUGCCCAGAGUGAUGAAGGUGAUGAAGAUUAUGAUUCAGAAAUGGGCCUCCAAAGUUCAUCCCCAACUGAGAUUAUUGAUGAAGCUGCUACAGAAAAAGCUUUGAAUGGUGUUUCCCCACCCGAUGCGCCGAUCAUUCUCAGCCCUCCACGGACAUUUAAGCCAGACCAAUACGACCUUGUGUGGAGGCCUGGAAAGGAUGGUGGUCUGCCAGUUAAUGCCUACUUUGUGAAAUACCGUAAGCUGGAUGAUAAUGUCAAUGUGUCCAAUUGGAAUACAAUUCGUGUCCCUGGAAGUGAAAAUGAACUUUGUCUUUCGGAACUAGAACCCUCCAGUCUGUAUGAAGUCUUGAUGGUAGCUAGAAGUGCAGCUGGUGAAGGCCAGCCCUCUAUGCUUACUUUUCGUACCAGCAAAGAAAGAUCAUCUUCCUCAAAAAACACACAAGUCCCAUCUCAACCAGUUGGCAUUCCUAAGCAUCCUGUCAUUCAGGAAGGGUCAAGCAACAAUUUUGGUGUGGUCCUUCCAGAUUCGUCUCGACAUAGUGGAGUUCCUGAGGCACCAGAUCGACCUACUAUCUCCAUGGCAUCAGAGACAUCUGUUUAUGUCACUUGGAUCCCUCGUGCAAAUGGUGGAUCUCCUAUCACUGCCUUUAAAGUAGAAUAUAAACUUAUGAACAAGCAAAGUGACUGGAAGGUUGCAGCUGAUAACAUUUCCCCUUCCAAACUUUCCGUAGAAGUUCGCCAUUUGGAUCCAGGUGCUACGUAUAAGUUCCGGGUGAUUGCUAUUAAUAAUUAUGGGGAGAGUCCACGAAGUUCUCCAUCUCGGCUUUAUCAAGUAGCUGGCUUUACCAAUCGAUUUUCCAACCGUCCUGUAACAGGCCCUCACAUUGCUUAUACUGAAGCAAUCAGCGAUACUCAGAUCAUGUUAAAAUGGACUUACAUCACUUCAAGUAACAACAAUACACCUAUUCAAGGUUUUUAUAUCUAUUACCGGCCAACAGAUAGUGACAAUGAUAGUGACUACAAGCGAGAUGUUGUGGAAGGUACAAAGCAGUGGCACAUGAUAAGCCACCUGCAACCUGAAACAUCAUACGAUAUUAAAAUGCAAUGCUAUAAUGAAGGAGGGGAAAGUGACUACAGCAACGUGAUGAUCUGCGAGACCAAAGUGAAGCGAACACCUGGAGCAUCUGAAUACCCAGUGAAGGAUCUUAGCACAUUGCCUAAUUUUCUUGACCGUGGAGCUGGGAGCAAUGCUGGUCAACCAAAUGGCCCUGUCCGGAGUAGUGAUAUGCUGUACCUGAUUGUAGGCUGUGUCCUUGGAGUAAUGGUCCUUAUUCUUAUAGCUUUCAUUGCCAUGUGCCUGUGGAAGAACCGCCAGCAAAAUACCUUGCAGAAAUAUGACCCUCCUAGUUACCUCUACCCGGGUGCUGAUAUCAAUGGGCAAAUGGUUGAGUACACCACAUUACCAGGCACAAGUCGUAUCAGUGGCAGCAUCCAUGGAAAUUUCAUCAGUAAUGGAAAUGUUACUAAUGGUUGCCUUCACCACCACCACAAGAUUCCUAAUGGAAUCAAUGGAAUCAUGAAUGGUGUUGUAAAUGGAGGAACUGGGGUCUAUCCAGGACACACAAACUCCCUAUCCAGAACCCAUGUAGAAUAUGAACAUACCCACCACCUAGGAAACGGUGGUGGGCUGUACACAGCAGUGCCUCAGACGGAUCCUUCCGAAUGCGCUAACUGCCGGAACUGUCGGAACAAUAACAGGUGUUUUACUAAAACUGGCACUUUCAGCAGCAGCACGGUACCUGUGAUGCCCAUCAUAGCACCUUAUCAGCAAGACAGUUUAGAAAUGAAACCGCUGAAUCAUGUGAUGGUCACGAUGUGCUUAGCAUCCCCAGUCCCCGGGUGCAACAUUGAGACUGAAGACAAUGGCAAGGAAAACGUGGAGUCCUUAUCUUCUCGGGAUUCUUGCUGCCAAGAAAACGUGAAUCAGCUCAAUACAGAUUGUACAGAAGAGAACACUUCACAUUUGGAAACAUCCAAUCAUAUGCUGAGCUGGAGCCCACUUAUUCUUCAGCCUCUUUCAAAGGACUGCAAUGAAAAAACAGAAGGGCUUUCAAAUGGUGUUACGUUGGACAGCUUAGGAGGUCUUCGACAGCUCCAUCUACAGGAGACUUGAGGAAGUGGCCAUUUUCCCCACUUAAAGCCAGUAGCUGCACAGCAGAGUUGGUGAAAGGGACUGAUGUUAAUUAUAAGAGUCACUAUUUAUUAUUUGGGUAUAGUGUCCUAUGAAUGUAAUUUUUUAAAAAAGAUAUUUUGCCUUUUCAUAUUAUUUAUGUCUUGAGAAAUUCUUUCCCACCCCUUCCAGGUUGAAACCUUUGUGAUUAUCUAAUGAAUCUGUAAUAAUAAUUUAGAAAUGUAAUAGGGUGCCUUCCAUGGAUAGAAACAGUUUAGAAAAACAUUUUUGCAGGAUAGUGGGGUGGAUUCAAUUACCUUUUCCACUGAUUAGAAACAAGGGAGGAAGGGACUCCCCAUUGAUCAGCCAAAAUGGUUUUGCUAGGGAUCUCAGGACAUUAAUGGGAAAAAUCCAGGUUGGUUAGGGGCUGUAGUAGUCAUGAGGUUGAGUGGAAAAGCUGCUUGGAUUCACCCCAGUGGAUGUAUUUAUCAAAUUUGCUUAGUGGGGAUGGUUUAGACUUUAUCUUGUCUGAAAUGUAAGCAGCUAAAGUUUUGGGGCAUAAUCUGUCAGGAAAAUUGAUGCAAGUGGAAGCAGAACAAAUUGAAGCAUUGCUCCAAAAGCUCCAGCUGUUUUAACUAUUACAGCACAUUAGUGAAAUAACUACCAUUUAACCAUAAAAACACUAAAAUGAAAUGGUUGCCUUUGUAACAGAAACUAUAUUAAUACAAACUCUGCAUGCCAUACAGGUCCAUCAGUACUGGUGAAGGCUAGCUGUCCAAUGGUAUGCCUGCAAUGUGGCUCAUUUAGGUGAAUGCACUAGUCAGAGUUCUUGUUAUGCUAGUCCUAGGUAGGAAGAGAGAUGGUGUAUCCUGGAGAAACCUGUGUUGGCAAAAACAUUCAUAGACCUUUCUGCUAGGUCAAAGAGUUAAGCAUGAUUAUUUUUCACCAAUACCCCUUGUAGCACUUCUAAACACUUUGAAAUAUCCCCUAGUAUUCCCUUGCUGUUACCUGUAAUAUAUGCUUUUUUUUCUUCCUUAGGCUGGGUUGUUUUUUUCAAUGACAUGGUUGAGGUUGUGAAAAAAAAUGAAAAGCAACAUCAUCUAAGAUAGGAAAGCAGACAAAAUGAAUUUGAAAUGACUCCUCCCCCCCCCCCCCCAGUUUUGUUGCUGAGGGUGUUGCGUAGUGAACUAAGCAGACACUUAACAAAAUAAAGUUUAUACUGAAGAGAAACUACAAGGGAAUGACCACAGUGAGGAGAUCCAGAGUGUUUAUACAGACAAGGAAAUCGGUGCCUUUCAACUGAUGUCCUAAUUAGAUGCAAAAAAAGGUUAGCAUUAAUUGGGGACCAGUUUGGGAAUGCGGUGAAGACUGGGCUAGCCAAUUGUAGUUUUAUUGAGGCACCCAUCUUGUGAAGCAAUUGGUGCAAAUGUAUUCUAUGUGAAAAUCAAAAGCGUGUGUGUUCCUUGGUGGAAGUUGGUCCCGACAAGGUUUUUCCAUGCCUGUUUUUUAGUACACUGGAAUGGAGGGGGAGAACAAGCAUUUAUUAUAAGGUUUCUGAUGAAUCUUUUCACUAUAUCUGGUAUGUACUGGCUUCACAAUUGAAUUCUUUUGCCUUGGUCUUUCCAAAGAUAUCUGUGCUUUUAUUGUCUUUAAUCCCUUCUCAAAAUGUUGGGAGCAGGGUGUACUUACGCACAGCUUGGGCGACUAGAAAUAGUAGUGUAGAGUCCCUGCUUCCCCUGAUUGACAAAAAAUGCAGAGUCCACUUCAUCCUGUGCUGUUACGAUGUGUCAGCCUUGCCGCUAGUUGCAUAACAACUGAAUAUGUUGCUUUAAGAAAUCUGCCUCUCUCAGAAAUAGCCAAGGGUGCAUGAUGUCUGUGUCACAAGGCGAGCUGCAUAUUUUCCCCUCCUUAACCAGCAUAAAUAAAACAAAUUUGCACUUGUAAAACACCUUUUCCAAGAAUCGGAGACACAUAAAUUUAAAAUUACAGUUGCCCCAAGGCAAUAUGAAUUCAUUUUUCUUAGCUGAAGCCAGGAACCAGAAACACCCUGUUCAGGGGGGAGGCCGAAGAGGGCAAAGCUGCCCGAAUAGGAAUUGCAACACACCCACCCACCCCUUUAUAGAUGAGCGGAGGAGAUGCCCGCAGGUGCAAUGUGCCACACUGAGCAAGGCUUGUGUGUGUGUAAUAAAAACAAGCUUUGUAUUUUUGUAACUGCUGCAGCAAAUGUCAAAUGCUGUAUGUGUAUAUAGUGUGUGUAAUAUAUUUUAUAUAAUAUAUUAUGUAUAUUAUAUAAUUUUAUAAAUAAGGCUCCCUAAUGAGAAUUUGCAAUGCAUUUUUCUGGAUUACUAUGCAAGUAUAUUCUCCAGUAGGAAACUAAAUGGUGUAAAACAUGAUUUGGUUAUUAGUUAGAUCCACAGAAAGUCUCUGCCAUCUGUCUCAACACUGAACUGAUAAUGUAUUGAGACUUCAAAAGAAUUAACAUUUUAGUAACUGAAGAAGCUUCUGAAGAAGGGGAGCUUUGACUCUCAAAAACUUAUACUCUGAAAAUCUUGUUAGUCUCUAAGGUGCCACUGGACUCAAAUCCAGCUGUUCUAGUGCAGACCAACAUGGCUACCUACCUGAAACUAUUUUAGUAACUGUAGAAGAGGAAUCAGUUCUGAAAGUUCAUAUUACUGGUGAGUGCAAUGGCCUGGCUGGUUUGGACAUAAAUAGAUGCCUUUUCAGAGAAUGAAAAUGUCAAAAUACUUUUGAUGUGGGAAUUCAAGGAAUUCUGGCAUCAUUUCAGUUGCAUGGAGCUGGUUUGAGACAAGAGACCCCAGGCAGGUAACAUGAGCCUUUAAAUUCUGGACUGAGACAGUCAUAUGUAGAGACUGGGAAAGAGUUUAAACUGUGAAUCUCAUCAAGGAUUGCUUUAUUUAUAUUGUGUGACACUGUUUUAAGUGUUCCCCCUUUUAUUGUAUUUUAUUUAUAAAAGUUAUAUAUUGCCUUCAUAUUUUAGGGGGUUGUGUGGUUUCCCAACUAUAGUUGUAUAAUUAUGAAUCUUACAAAAUGUAUGCAUGUGGCCCAGUUUCUCAAAUCCAACUGGCCAUUUAUAUCCCAUUUUGCCUAGGGAGUUUUUUCCAGGAAGCCAGAAAAAUCUGGUCUGCCUGACACUUGGCAUUUUACAUUCCUACUCUAUGUUCAAUUAUGUUUAUGUUGCCACCUUUCCAAAUUUUUUAAACCCAGUAAUUUUGUGGGCUGCCUUGGGACCCUGCAAAGCACUUCUGUGAGAUUUCUGGCAUCUCAUUUAAAAUCUUUAGGAUGCCAGCUUCUUAAUGUAUCUAGUCCUCAUGUUUACAGAGAAUUUUGAAUGUGUGUAUUCAAAACUAGGUCAGCAAGUAGAAGCCUAAACCCUUUAUUCUUGUGGCUUCUUAGUCCUUGUCAUCUUUGAAUUCUAUGGCUAUCUUGGGAGUUUUUUCUCCCCCCACAGUUGUGAAAUUCACUGUCAAAAUGACUGCAGAAAAGUAAGUGUUCCAUAUCUUUCAUCCAGGGCUUGGCAUCAGGCAUGCGUGUUCAUGAAAAGGAGAUAGAAAUUGUGUCAAACAAAUGCAUAUCAUAUGGUUUGUUUCCUCUAGUUUUAAGUGCCAGGUACUUCCGGGGGUCUGCCAGAUGGCUUUCAGGCCCCUUCCUGAGCAACACACUGCAAGCAUGUCCCUUUGAAAUCAGUUGACUUGCUGCUGUGGCUGGUGUUUAGGAGCAGCAGGGCCCAUAUCAGUAGCCUCUUGAGCUUUAACAAGUUUUUUCCUGAGAAGUUUCCUGAUGAUGCUUAUCCUUAGCUUUUGAACUGCAUCACAUUCUUCCUCACCCUCGAGCCUCCAAAAAGUCACUUGGCUUAAAAUAAAGUAUUGCUGUCUAAGCAAUAAGUGAUUUUUAUAUUUUGUACUUUUGUUGUCUUGCAAAUAAAUGAUUUAAAGAUGCAUGUCUUUUGUAUCAUAUAGAAAAUAUGCUAUAUUUUCCUUUAAAAAGUUGUAAUCUUUUUUUGGAAAUGUACAUAUGUUUAAAUGGUGUAGUUUGGGGCAGGAUAUUUCUUGUGUUUUAAUAUUAAAGACA